AUGGUGCCAACUAAGACUACCCACACCACGGCGACUACGACCACAGCGCCAAUUGAGACUACUACGACUACCACCACGACUAGCACUACUACGACCACCACUACAACAUCAACGACGACUACUACUACGACCACGACGACUACGACCACGACUACAACCACCACGACCACCACUACCACGACCACCACUACCACGACCACCACCACUACGACGACAACGACUACCACCACGACUACUACUACCACCACCUUGAAACCACCUUUGCCUCAUAAGUUUCUUGCUUGCGUCAGUUCAGUCGUUCAGGCAAUAUUUCACCCACUGGAUGAUGUGUGUUACUUCAUGUUCUUCACCGUCCAAGACAUCAAUCAACUCAAAAACAAGAAUAUCGGUCUUGCGAGAAGCAAAGUUGGUAUCGACAUACCGAGCUCAAAAGCCAACGCUAAUCAGGGCAAACUUGAAAAUUCCAUCUCAGCGUACUGGCCAAAGAUCAGAGACUUCGCUGUCCUGGACAUGGAACUCCGUCCAAGUGUUUCCACUUAUGUCGGUCAUGUCGAAGCAUUUCUAACAGAAACGGACAGACUUCUAAACAUCCAUAUGAAAGCAGAACCAACGCCAAGGAGGAACUUUGGCUACGUGCUUCUAGGUGUGGCCAUACUCCAUGGAAGCCAACAACCAAGCACCCUCAUGGCUAACUUCAAUCAGCUAGUACAAGGAAUUAAGCCAGACGCAAUGGUGUACCGAACAACUUUCAAUCGUAAUAUAACGGACCCAAACGUAUGCCGGACUACAGGACCGUCACCCUGGCAGGGACCUGGCAUGCCGUCUAUGCAGUCGUCAUUCGUUGAGUCGCUGUCAUUCAGGCAAGUGACUGGGUUCAAACCACUGCCUUUGAAGACAACGGAAUUGCUCUCCUUUAGCGCUGCGGCCCUUAUAGCCACUCAUAAAGACAGCAUUUUUUUCAGACCAUCCAUUGCUCCAUGCCAGAGUGUCACCCAGGUCAAUCCAAAAGAAUUGGUGUGCCAAAAUGGACUAUACCAUAAGGUAGUAACAGACAAUGUGGGGAAGCUUGGAACCGACACCACCCGAGUCGACCAAGGGGGCCGUACGAUUGAGAGCACUUUCACAAUAACGUACGACUCGGAUUGCACUAUGUCGAAAAAGACCUAUGGCUUCACGGGCGGCUACGUCAUCUUUGACGUCCACUUCCAUUACCUGUGUUCAGCACCGCCAGCAUUCGUAGAUUCCAAGGGUGACUUUGGCGUUGUGAAGUGGGCGAAGGUUAAUAUGCAAAAGAACUACGCCAUGUUAGAUUGCGAGAAGCUCUGCUGA